AUGACUGCUGUUGAGGUGCUGAGCGAUGCACUCGAUGAUACAGAGCGCUUCCUGCAAGCGCAGAAAGGCCUUGACUGCUUCCCGCAGGUCUUGGAGCAGCAAUGUGCUGCCGUGCUCAGACAGUGUCAGAUGCUUCCGAAGCUGACAGGAGAUCAAGCGGCAGCGCUGAUCGAGAAAGUGAAGGACAAACUAGGCCAGCUGGCCAUCAACAUCUCCCCGAUAGUACUUGCCAUCAGUGGCAAGGUCACGGCACCCUUAGACAACAAGAAAGGCCAGACAAGGCCGAAGCAAGCCUUGUCCAAUUUUGGUGCAUACUUGACUCAGCGGGACGUCGUGAUGCUUGGCAACCCUCAAGCCAGCAACUACACCAAACUUGACCACAUCGCGGUGAGAAUGGUCAGAAUAGGCCUCGACAUCCCGAAUGAAGUCACAGCGGGACACGUUCUCAAGGUGUGUGGCGAGAUGGGAUUGGAGUUGUGCACGGCCAAACAGAGCUUGGACUUGCUCAACCAGUUGAAGUAUCUCUACAAGUCAAAAGCAAAGAGAGCCAAGGUGGAUGUCAGCAAACAAGCUCACAUCAUUAUCUACCCAGAGGUGCCUUCAGAGAUCAUGAUUCGAGACUGCUACGAUGCUGACGAUCCUCCCUUGACAAGCGCCUGCAGUAGUGCUGGUACUUUGGAGUGUUUGAGAAAAAGCUCAAACAAGAGCAAGCCUGAAACAGCUUUGGUUCCAAAGCCUGCGCAUGAGAUGCAGUCACCUACUAUGCCAGGCCUUGCGCCUCAUGCCAUGCAACAGGCUAUGGCUCAACAAGCUAUGGCUUUUAUGGGCAUGGAUCCGAUGGCUGCCAUGAACAUGAUGCAAGUGAUGGCAAUGCGCUUUCUUGGUCAGAGCCAGCAGCAGGAUACCGCUCCUGCAGGCUUGAAGAUCUUUGCUGGCAACAAGGCUGAGUUGAAUCAGGUAACUCCAAGCCGUUCACCCAGUGCUCCGUCAAGUGCAGCUUCACCGCCUGCUGCAGCUGUGACACCACAAGUUGAGUCACAAGAAGAUUCACAAGGUCAAGAGCUGCAGCUUGCCUUGCCAGAUGUUGUGAAACUGGUGCCAGCAGAAGAGCAGCUUGCCGCUGUCCAAGCAGCCACGCAGGAAAGACAGGUGAAAAGAGCAGAAGCCAAGGAAACAGAGCCACAGAAAGAGACACCUUCUGCAAAGGCAAAAGCAAAAUGCAAAGGCAAGGCAAAAGCCAAGAGUAAGGCAAAAGGAGCAGCCAAGAGUCCGGCAAAAGGGUCUGCCAAGAGUAUGGCACAGGGAGCUGCAGCUUCGUCCAAGAGAAAGGCAACUGAUGGCGAUGAUGCUGUGGCCCCAUCCCCCACGGCGAAAGCCAAACCCAGCGCAAAGGCCAAAGCCGCUGCUGAGAGAAUUGUUUUCACAGAGGCAAACCGACCGCCAGUCCCAGCGCCCAAGUCAGGCACGACUUGGUACAGAAAGGGCAAGAUUCACCGCAACUCAGGAGCUUUUCGAGUUUUUUUGAGCGCUGGUGAUAGGUGUGACAAAAAAGUGAAAAUCAAAGAUGAAGACAAUUGCGAGGCUGAGUGGCAAAAAGCCAUCAAAAUGAUCGAUGACUCAUAUGAUGACAUUCCCGAUGCUGAUUAG